AUGCCGACAGAAAGACGUGAUAUCUUCUCAACUCGAUCAAACGCGACAUUCGCCCCUUUAAAUAGUACCCAUUUGCGAAAUGUUGAAAUCGUCUCAGACAGCGAGGAAGAUCGUCAAAAGAAAGCUGCAAGUAAUCCCAAACACCCUAUUCUCCGCAAAGUUGUCGAGAUCAUAGAAAUUUCUUCAGACGAAAGGCAAGUGGGUGAAGAUGACGUGGUAGUCACUCGAAGUCCAACAAAACCCUCGGCAAUGCCACAGACUCCACGGAAACAUGGUUGGAAUGGAAUGCCACAAUACUCAAAGAGACGUGUCAUAGAAAGCUCAGAUGAAGCGUCUAGUGAACCUGAGAUUAUCGAACUCAGCGACAGUUCAGAUGACGACGAGCCCCCGGCUCUCAAACAAACUUCACGGAUUCCACCGGCCAAGGAGACCACUCUCCCGCUAACCCAGUGGAAAAAGACGUUGGAUGAAGCUAUAAUUGUAUUCGAUGAGCCAAGGAGUGCGAGAACACCAAUACGAAUGGGAAGCAGGAAACCCACUUCAGAUGUCACUAAAUUGGCACAUGACAUGGACCGAGUUCAUGACCCCAAAAAGACUAAUAUCGCUUCCUCAGAUCACAUUUCAAACGUCGUUGAGGGCGUAUCAUCAAAACCAAUACCAGGUAAAAGCACUAAAGGCAUAUCUCAGCAAACAUCAAAAAGAAUUACAAAAAAGGCCCAACUGGAAGCGGAACAAAGGCGACUUCAUGCAUAUGCGCAACAACUAUUUAACGAUCUGAACAAAUAUGUUUUUAAUCAGCAACUACCAGAGGGAACACUGCUUAAUUGGAAUAAGAGACUGCUUACUACCGCAGGUCGUGCAAAGUAUCAUCGGUCAAGAGAUGGCGUUCUAACGACCGAAAUUGAAUUGGCCGAGAAGAUCCUGGAUUGUGAUGAAAGAAUUAGGAACACCCUUUCGCAUGAAAUGUGCCACCUGGCGACUUGGGUGAUCGACAAAAAACUGGAUGAGCACCACGGAAAAUUAUUCAAAUAUUGGGCCAGCCGCAUCACAUACAUGAGGCCAGAUAUACAUGUAUCUAUAAAACAUGAUUAUGAGAUUUCUUAUCCUUAUAAUUGGGAAUGUGCCAAAUGCUCCAAAAUAUACGGCCGUUUCAGUAAGUCGAUUCGACCCGAUGAGUGUCGAUGUGGCGCUUGCAAAGAAGGUAUCUUGGUACCGCUCUUCAAGUCGAGGGCAAAGUCUGGCAGCAAAAACGACAAACUUAGCCGUAUGGCUGCUGUCAAAGCUCAAGGUGAGGACUUUAAGAUAUGGUGGUAA